CAUUUUUUGGCACAACACCGCGCGUCCCGUUAGGUUUACAAGCCCUGCGAAGAUGGCGACUACAGGGAGGAGUGCAUUAUUAUCCUCCACAUCAUCUGGACCUAAGAGCACACUGGAGAGCUCCAACCCAGAGGAGGAGGAUGGACAGAACCUAUGGUCCACCAUCCUGAGUGAAGUGUCUACCCAUUCAAGAUCAAAGCUACCGUCUGGGAAAAAUGUCCUGGUCAUGGGUGAGGUGGGCUCAGGAAAGACCACCUUGGUUGCAAAGCUACAAGGUAUUGAGGAGUACAUGAAAGGACGUGGCCUGGAAUACUUGUACUUCAGCGUUCAUGAUGAUGACAUUGACGAUUACACUCGAUGCAAUGCGUGGGUCUUGGACGGAGACCUCUACCAUAAAGGUCUGCAGGGAGUAGCUGUUCCAGUGAGCUCAAUUGAAGACACCUUGCUGCUGAUAACAGUUGACAUGUCACGGCCAUGGAACGCCCUGGACUCUCUUCAGAAGUGGGCUGCCGUUGCUAGGGAACACAUCGACAAACUUCGAGUCGCUCCAGAAAAGCUGCGGGAGCUGGAGCACAAAAUUGUAAAACAGUUUCAGGAGUACACAGAGCCGGGCAGCGGGGAGGACGGCACGCCACAGAGGAGGAGUGACGACGAGGAGGGCGUGUUGCUGCCAUUAGGGGACAACACACUGACACACAACCUAGGAAUACCAGUGGUGGUGGUCUGCACAAAGUGUGAUGCUAUCAGCACACUGGAGAAGGAGCAUGACUACAGAGACGAACACUUGGACUUCAUCCAGACCCACAUCAGACAUUUCUGUCUGCAGUACGGCGCCUCUUUGCUUUACACGUCGGUAAAGGAGAUGAAGAACCUCGAUGUCCUUUACAAAUAUCUUGUUCACAGACUGUACGGCUUUCCCUUCCACUGCCCUGCUCAGGUGGUGGAGAGAGACGCUGUCUUCAUUCCGUCAGGUUGGGAUAAUGAGAAAAAGAUCGCUAUACUUCAUGAGAACUUCCAGGCGCUGAAAGCAGAUGACAGCUACGAGGACGUAGUAGUCAAACCACCAGUUAGAAAGAUUGUCCAUGAAAAGGAGAUUCAGGCGGAAGAUGACCAAGUGUUUCUUGUAAAGCUGCAGUCGCUGCUUGCCAAACAGCCCGCUGUGACAGCAGGUCGACCAGUGGACACCACUAGCAGGGCACCCACAGGUUCCCCAAGAACAAGCAAUCGCUCCGCAGCGGCUAACGUAGCGAACUCAAUGCCACAGUCGGGUCAGACAAGCGAGGGUGUUUUGGCUAAUUUCUUCAACAGUCUACUGACAAAGAAAGCCGGGACGGGGGGGCCCGGGACACCAGGUGGUAACAAUACUCCGGGAACUGUACGGAAGUCAGGUUCAAAGCUGGGACUGAGCGACGUCCAGGCGGAGCUGGACCGCAUAUCCAACCGGGAAACUGACUCGGACUUGUCCAAUGCCAACGACUCCACCGACGGCCAGGACACAUGAAGAGCAACGCACUUCACCCCUGCUCUCCUUUUAUUCUCUCCUCUGCACCUCCAUCCACCUCCCUUCUUCCCUCCAUCUUUACCCUGCACUUCAUCAAAAAAAACGUGGUGGUGGGGGGGUCGGAUGGGCGGACAGAUACUGUCGUUCUUAUCACUUUCUUCUCGAGGAGAAGAACUCGCCAUCUCUUCCCCCUUACGUCUUCCCUCCCCCACACCUCGUUCCCGCCCCUGCCCUCUUUAUUUUUAUUUUUUUGUCUUCUCGGCUAUCACACCAAGGACAAGUUUGUGUCACUGUUACAUGCAAGUACAUGUCUCUGGAGAAAGGGGGGACCAGUCGGGGCGAGAGGGAACGGUUGAAAAAGGAUUGACUGCAAGAAUGAAAGUGGGGGGGUUUUAUCCAUCCAUUUAUUGUGAUGGUACAGUCAGUGUUUUUACAGUAUAAAUGCUAAGGGCGCAUGUUGACUGUACUUAGGUAAAAUAGGAGUGAUUGUGUGGUUAUUGUACAAGAGGCAACAGAUGGAGGACAAAAAAAAUGAAACAAAAAUGCAAAUUGUCUUUUUUUUUUUUUUUAAGGCAAAGGGAAAAACAUACCAGUAUUUGUAUGUGUGUGUUUGUAAGGAUAUGUGUGUGAUUGUGUGAGUAAAUGUAUAAAAAGGUGGUAGAUGGAGGAUAAAUGGGAAUGUUUCAACCAGAACCCGUUUCGUAGAGAGAUUUUUGGGCUGUUCACAACCAAAUGGGAAACGUCAUUACCAUGUUCAUACACUGCAAUUACACCAGCUGCAUCAGUUACACUACCAACCUAAUUAAAACUUACAAAGAAAAUUAUCGGUGGUACUCAAACACUAAGGUUCCUUGUUCUAUAUUUGGACAAACGACCCAUUGAGGUGCUGCUAGCAAACUCCUACAGCAAGAGGUGGUGCAGCAAACUAGAAGGGUGUUAGACGGUGGGUGGGGGGCAGGUGGGGUAGCUGAGCUUUACCUGGACAGAAAAUAAAAACACUUGCAAGUUUAAUAGUUGCUUCUGACAGGGUGGGUGGUGGUUAGGUUUUGAGGGGAGGGGACAUUAGAACAAGGGAGGGUCACAUCCAGAAUGUACAGUCAUUGUCUCGCUAAUUGGUCCUGUUAUUUCAGAGCUCCGUGUUGGCAUUUGUAUAAUGAGACAUGUCAGUCAAUCAAAUAAAAAGGUGUAUUUAUUCGGA